AUGGAAUCUUUCAAAAGAGUGCUUUCUAUACAGAGCCAUGUUGUUAGUGGAUAUGUGGGUAAUAAAUGCGCUGUGUUUCCAUUACAGAUAAUGGGUUUUGAAGUGGAUGCUAUAAAUUCUGUUCAAUUAUCAAACCAUACUGGAUAUAAAACUUAUUAUGGCCAAAUAUUAAAUGAAAGUAAUUUAUCGGAAUUAAUAACUGGUCUUGUUGAAAACGAAUUACAUAGUUAUUCACAUCUAUUAACUGGUUAUACUAGAUGUCCAAUGUUCUUAAAGAAAGUUGCAGAAGUUUAUAAAAUAUUGAAAAAGAAAAAUCCAGGGUUGAUAUAUGUUUGUGAUCCUGUAAUGGGUGAUAAUAAAAAAAUGUAUGUUCCAAAAGAAAUAUUAGAUGUCUAUAAGAAUGAAAUAAUACAUUUGACUGAUAUCCUUACACCGAAUGAAUAUGAAUUAGAGUUAUUAACUGGUAUAACUAUAACAACCACUAAUGACAUUUAUAAGGCCAUGAAUAUAUUAUAUGCUCAGGGUUGUAAGACAGUUGUUGUGUCAUCUUCCAACAUAUCAUCGAAUUCUGUUAUGAAGUGUAUUGGAAGAAAUUUUUCUUACAAGGAAUAUGUAGAAUUAGAUAUUCCGAUCAUUGACCAAUCCUUUAUUGGAACUGGAGAUUUUUUUACUGCUUUGUUAUUGAUAUGGAUGAACUUAACUAAUAAUGACUUGAAAAAUUCCAUCGAAAAAACAGUUGCAACUAUUCAAGCAGUAUUAAAACGUACCAUAAAAUAUACAAAUGAAAAUGGUUCAAAGGAUCCAAUAAGCAAUAAAGAAUUAAAACUAAUUCAGAGCUUGAGUGAUAUCCAAAACCCAGAAGUAACAAUAUUUGGUACUACAAAUAAAGUUGGAUAA